AUGAGGAAAUUCCUCUUUCUCUUUGCUGUGUUCUUCUUUCUGACCCCAGCCAGAAAUGCAGUUUUUGAUGAGAGAUGCCAUAGACUUAAAGGGACAUGCGUGGGUUAUUGUAAGAAAAAUGAAGAAAUUAUUGCCCUCUGCCAGAAGUCUCUGAAAUGCUGUCUGACCAUCCAGCCAUGUGGGAAGAUUAGAGAAGAUUAA